AUGCACCAAGUGCGACAUGGACGAAUUUCGUGCCACCGGAGGCAAUUUCGCGAAGAUUUUCGACGUGCAGAACAAGAAGUUCACUACGUUGUCAUGCAAACAGUGCGGGUACACCGAAAUCUACAAAGGAAACACGUCUACCUUGGGCAACGUGUUCGACUUCUUCGCCGGGGGCUAGGGUGGACCCGCUCGACGGCACCAACGAGUAAGCCCUCCGCCUGA